CCUAUGGUCUGUCGUUAGUUGUAAUGUCGGUUGAGAUUUUACAUAAAUAAAAAAUGGUAGUUGUGGUGUUCCUUUCGCGGAAAGUGGCCCGUGGACCUGAAAUAGAACGAUUCCAAGCUUCCGUCGUCUAUUUGCGCGUCUAGAUCGAUCGAAACCCAAAUAUGGGACGCGAUUUUGCCGUGUUGAAGUAACAGUUCGCGCUGUAUGGGCGGGUUCGGAAACUGCUAUGUGGAUGUAUUUCACUUGUUUAUUGCCAAUGUUUCGCAUCCUGCUGGCGGAGACUGAAGUUAUAUUCUUAAUUAAUUCCAAUUAAAUUUUCGCCGUUCCCAAUUGCAAAGCGUACAGGCGAAAUAAUCGUACUUUUAUUCUCGCUUUUGGGCCGAAGAAGCAACAUGUGACCCCAAUCUGACAUUUCUCCCCCGUGAAUCGACCCUUCGCUUGUUGUCUUACGAAUCUUAAAAUAGCAGAUUUGGUGGCAACAAGAAAAAAAAAACGAUAGAGUGCAUUCAAAGGCUCCGAUUGCAACUGCAACGUUCGUGUUUUGCUGACAAAGUUUCUUUUUGUUUGUUGAAAUAUACUACGCCAGAUGCUAUAUAAUAUUGUCAAAAUAAACAAGGUCGAAAAAACGAAAAUCAUAAAUAAAAAUGGACCAGUCUCGACAAUUCAGGUGUGAAAAUGUUGUUCGAAGAAAACCACAUACAUUUUAAGCAUAAGGAUUGUCAAUAAUGAUGCCCGCAAUGGAGAACAACAGAUACAUUUUACAGGUCUAUGUGGGAGCCCUAAGUAGUCUCUAUGAGGCUCUUAGCGUGGAGGCCAGCAAACAGACUACAUCAGAAGAGAUAGUAGCCUGUAUUGUGGAAAGAUUGUCACUAAAUGAAAAUGCAUCCUACGAGCUUACGGAGGUUAUUGGAGAUGAUUUUGGCCAGGAAUGCAAAGAACGCAGCCUCUCGAAUCAGGAGAGUCCAGUUCAGUUGAUGAUGCUGUGGCCGAAAAAUACGCCCGACAAAACGUCAUACAGAUUCUACCUUAGGGAGAAAAUUAUCGAUCAUGCUUGGAGAGAUCAGUUUGUCAUGGAUCCACAGUUGAUUAAAGACUAUUUUCACAGAUUUCUCUAUCAGCCGAAAGAUCGGGAAUACCCCGACCUUUGCCAACUACCCGACCUCAACGAGCAGACUCUCCUCGACAACUUGAGGGCUCGAUUUGUAGCCGGUCACAUCUACACCUACGUCGGCUCCAUCCUCAUAGCGCUGAACCCCUUCAAGUUCUACCCCAUCUACAAUCCCAAGUACGUCAAACUGUACCAGAAUCGACGGCUGGGACCCAACUUGCCACCCCAUAUCUUCGCCGUGGCGGAUACCGCCUACCAUUGCAUGCUCAAAGACAGAAAGAACCAGUGUAUAGUGAUCAGUGGUGAGAGCGGCUCGGGCAAGACGGAGAGCACGAAUUUCUUGUUGCACCAUUUGACGGCGCUCAGUCAGAAAGGUUCUCAUGGGAGCGGCGUGGAACAGACUAUAUUGAGUGCCGGUCCUGUUCUGGAGGCGUUCGGGAAUGCCAAGACGGCGCACAAUAAUAAUUCUAGUCGUUUCGGUAAAUUUAUCCAAGUGAACUACAAAGAAAACGGCAUGGUACACGGCGCGGUAGUUCAAAAGUACCUCCUGGAAAAGUCUAGGAUAUGCUGUCAGGGACGAUAUGAGAGGAAUUACCACGUAUUCUACUACUUGCUAGAGGGCGCCAACGAGCAAGAAAAACAGUUACUACACUUGCAAAAGCCCGAUAAAUAUUAUUACUUGAAUAAAUCCUGUUCACCAUUAGAUAAUGUGGAUGAAAGUUACGAAUUUUCUAGGUUAAAACAAUCUAUGGAAAUGGUAGGAUUUACUCCAGAAAAGCAGCGACGGUUAUUUUCAGUGUUAUCUGCUGUUUUGCUGCUGGGAAAUGUGGAGUUUCAGCCUAGAAAGUCAGCGUAUCAUCACGAUGAGGCCGUUGGAGUAAAGAAUCCAGAGAUUGUCGGUCUCAUUUCUGAACUGCUGAGAGUGAAACAGGAAACGCUCAUGCAGGCUUUGACGACGAAAAGAGCCAGGGCGUCUGGCGAAACGCUUGUAAUAAACUACAGAUUACCAGAUGCGAUAGCAAGUCGAGACGCUAUGGCCAAGUGUCUUUACGGAGCUCUCUUCGACUGGAUCGUUCUCCAGGUCAACCACGCCCUCCUAUCCAAAAAGGACACCUUGAGGGAACACCAAGGCAACUCCAUAGGCGUCCUGGAUAUUUUUGGAUUCGAGGAUUUCGACCUGAACAAUAGUUUCGAACAGUUGUGCAUCAACUACGCCAACGAACACUUGCAGUAUUAUUUCAAUCAGCACGUUUUUAAAUAUGAACAAGAGGAAUACAGGAAGGAAGGCAUCCGGUGGACGAAUAUCGAUUUUAUGGAUAAUACAGGGUGUUUACAGUUGAUCGAGGCGAAACCGAAUGGGUUGUUGUGUCUGCUCGACGAUCAGUGCAAUUUCCCUGGAGCGACCAACGAGACUCUUCUUCAGAAAUUUAACUCUGUACAUAAAGACAAUAAAUUCUACAAGAAACCGCAGAAGAAAGAAGCAGCAUUUAUUGUUGAACAUUAUGCCGGAAAAGUAAAAUAUCAGGUGACAGAUAUGCGGGAGAAAAACUUAGAUCUAAUGAGACAAGACAUAGUUGGAGUUUUGAAGAACAGCUCAAUGGCAUUCGUCAGAGAACUGGUGGGCGUUGAUCCGGUGGCGGUGUUUCGAUGGGCCAUUGUGCGCGCCUUCUUCAGGGCGCAGUUUGCGUUCAGGGAUGCAGGAAAACGUCACAGACAGGGAAGAGUGGAUGGAAAUAGGAAUAAUAUACAACAGCGGUAUAGGGGCGGUCAUAUACCAAAUGAUAAUAUUAUUAGCAAACAGCGUACCACGGUACACGUCUUAAACCGAUCCACCGAGGAAACAACUGCCUCCUCAAACCGACUAUCCUGGCCUCAAUUCUACCAGCGCAACCGAUCCUCUACAACGAAUUCCGCGCAGAAGUCCAGCGACGAAGAGCGUAAGAGGCGGGACUCGGCCUCCAAUCAGAGCAGCGCUGUCUUGGACAGGGUACUGUGUCCGGACGAAGCCAGGGCCAUACACAGGGCCAAUCAGAUCGUGAUGAAGAACAAAUCAUUCAGACCUAGGGAAAGGGGUAAAAAAGGUUUGAAAAAUUUACAAUCUGUCAAGACUCUGGCUGGAAGGACCGGAAUUACGGCUACCAAUCAAGGACAAAUAGGAAAAGCGAGAAAGCAGCCGAUGACUGUGGCCGCUCAGUUCCAGCAAAGCCUUCAUUCGUUGAUGGACACGCUCAAUCAGGCCAAUCCCUUUUUUAUCAGGUGUAUUAAGUCGAAUAAGAACAAGAUUCCGAAUACUUUUGAUGCCGAUACGGUUCAAAGACAAUUGAGGUAUACCGGGAUGUUGGAAACUGUGAGAAUACGACAAGCAGGUUUCAACGUGCGUUUGACUUAUGACGAGUUCAUCCAGUUAUACAGGAUUCUUCUUCCCAAAGCUUUGCUUAGUUCACAAAAUGACGUACGGGACUUCUUGGCAACUUUAAAUCUCAAUCGUGACAACUAUCAAUUAGGAAGUACAAAAGUUUUUAUGCGCGAAUCCGAAAAGCACAAACUGGAUUGCAAGCUCCAUCAACAAAUCAUGGCCGGCAUUGUCACGCUCCAAAGGUGGUUCAGAGCCUGCUUGGAACGAAAACGGUUCUUGAGAAUGAAGACUGCAGUGGUCGUGUUGCAAUCGUACUGUCGCAUGUAUCUAGUACAAAAAGCCCUGAGGUACAAGAUGGCCGCCCUGAAAAUCCAGAAGUGUUGGAGGGGAUACAAGUGCCGGUCUUGGAUGCAGAAACUGAAAAUGGGACUGGUGUUGUUUCAAGCUCACUGUAGGGGUUUUAGGGUGAGGCAAAUGAUGGCCGAACGAAAAAUCAUGGGGCAGCACAAACUAAUAAAGCCACAGUACAAACCAUUUCCAAUUCAUGUUCCCAUUCAAGUGCUUAAAGUCAGUUCUGAUGAAGCUUUUAUGAGCAAGGAAUCUAGUCAAGAGGAACUGAGAGGUAAUGCCGCAUACAGAAAGUUUUUGGAUUCAGAUGAGAGCAGUGGUUUUCAUGAAGAUUAUAUUGAUAAUAAUUCGACGAACAGCAGGCUUUCUUUAAGAUCUACAGUUUCUUUACCUAUGGUUUCUCCCACUCAUCCUCACUAUUAUUCUGUUUAUCUCAACACUGCUGGAAGCAACAGGCUGGAAGAUUUACAUUUGGACCCUCGGCGCAAAAUUAUCAAAUCCCAUCAGACCAUCGACUAUUCGGAAUUGGAAUACUCUCCUCAGCGUAAAGGAAGUGGCGAAUCGCUGGACUCGCAGAGGAGUUAUGAAUCGCAACAAAGUUCUGACUCCCACCCAGGAGGCACUACUGUCAAAGAAGUUGUCAAGUCCGAACCUUCGCCUUUAGGUAAACAGUGGUCUAGUACUAGCACAACCAGCGAGACGUUUUCGGAAAGCGGAGCUACCCAGUCAGCACCUCCGCAUAUUGGGGAAAAAUUCAGUCAGUUCCAAUCUAGUGGCGAAAGUACAGGUAGUCCGGCCAAACCACAGCUCACCCGGACUCAAGCUGUCAAUUGGAACACCGGUGCCGGAGCUAGGAAAGAUCUGCGCAACUCCGGAGAGAAUUCGAGGGCGCUGGUUAGGGGAUUCCCCGCCAGGCGACUGAGUAGGGCUUACGAGGACCGGCCUGACGUAUACCCUUGCGACAACACGCCCAGCAAGUUGGAACAGAUCUUGGGAAGACCAGAGGCACCGGUACGGAGCACGAGGAAGUCGAAAAGGGGGCACGUGAAAAGUUUAGGGGAGGAGGUAAGGGUUACCGACUCUGGAAGCAUCGAAAAAGGCGGUUUUCUCGGUGUUAUAGACGAACGCAAAGCCCAACCCGACUUCAGCCGAGUAUCCACCAACUUUAUCUCGCAAGACAGCCCCAAUAAACAAUCUUUAACGCCCAAACGUCAACGCCAAAACCUCCCCCAAUUAGAUUUGCGCCGACGCAACAGCGACCCCGCCACCAAAGUCCUGCUCAAAGACCACAACAGCAUCGACGCCAGUCCCGCUGUCAAAAAUAGCGACAAGUGGAGCGAUUUGAACACCUCGAUUUUCCAGGUUGCCGGACACAGUUUGAGAAAAAUCAACAGGCUAACUAGGGACGGACUGUGCGGUUUCUGCAAGAUGAAGAUCGAUCUGUUUAUUACUCAGGGUUACAAAUGCACGACCUGCAAGACUUUGUUCCAUACGAAGUGCAUUCAGAAUAAGAGCGUGUUCGAGAUGCCUUGCGAAAGUCACAAUGAUUUAGCGAAAGGUAAAAGAAAGCAUAGGAAACACUCUAGGGCGCCUUAUGAUGUACAGAAGUCUGAAGAAGCCAAGUUUAGUUUAACGGGAACGUCUGAAUUUACGGAUCGUACCGAUCAGAUUAUCAGCGGAUCAGAAGAACUGACCCUAAUGCAGGAGUUCAUAACUGAAAAAAUAAUGAAGAUAGAAAACGAGGGUGGCAAAUCUAGUGAAGUAGACAAAGUGUUCAAGCAUGCUUUAAGAGAGUUCAAAGACAAUCUUGUACAGAUUUAUAGCACGACAUCAAAGCAUAACGGUAUUGAAGUAUGCAACGUGCGAUAUAGAGACUUGAUCGGGAUUUUUAACCAAGCAAUCAAAACAGCCUGUCAGCGAGAACUUAAAGAAAACGAAACGAAAAACUUCCCUAUUAUACUGGGCGUUAACGCUUUCAGGGGCUUUAUGGAUGAAUUCAUGUCGACAAAAACCGAAGAGAAACCUAACAAGACGAAAAGGAAAAAAGAAAAGAAACGUAAGGUUGAAACGGUCAAAAUUAACGGUCACACUUUUCUCCAAACGAUCAUUAACAUACAAACAGCUUGCGAGAUCUGUAAUUCGUUCUUCAUGUGGCCGAUAGAGCGCGGGCUGGUGUGUCAGAGUUGCAAACUGACCUGUCACAAACGGUGCUGCAACAACUCGGGUAAAUGUCAGAAGGAGCCCGUUUUACCGGGGGAUAACAAAAAGAUUUUUGGUGUGGCUUUAAUAACGUUGGUGACUGAGGAGCACAAGAUUCCUGUCGUUAUAGAAAAGUUGAUAUAUACGAUAGAGUUGAAGGGGUUGUAUACGGAGGGAAUAUAUAGGAAGUCGGGGGUGAGUUCGAAGAUACGCGAGCUGAAGGUGUCGAUGGACGAGAAUCCGGAGAAUUGCGAGUUCGAGAAGUACCAAGUGCACGUGUUGGCGUCUGUUUUGAAGUGCUUUCUUCGGGAGAUGCCCGAACCCCUCUUAACAUUCGAAUAUUACGAGAACUUCAUCACGGCCGCCAACCUCACGAACGAAACCGAUCGAAUAACGACGCUGUACGACAUCCUAAAAAAGUUGCCCCAGUCCAACUACGACCUCAUGGAGAGGAUAAUCUUCCAUUUGGCGAUGGUGGCGCACCAUGAGGAGACGAACAGGAUGAGCGCGUCGGCGUUAGCCAUCGUGUUCGCCCCUUGUGUCUUGAGGACGAAUAACAGGGUACCUGCGCAGCAGAGUUUGCACGAUAUUGGUAGUCAGACGCAGUGCAUCGAAACUAUAAUCAGGGUGCAUCUGCGCAAACUCCGUUCAACCCUCGAGGACAUCGACACGCUGGACACGGCCUGCCAGGCGGCCACCAACCGCCUGUCCUCGUUGCGCAGCUCCAAGGUGUUCAGUCCGGACGAGCUAUUGCCCAGCAACCAGCCGUCGCAGCAGCAGACGGAGGACGAGGAGCACCUGCUGGAGGACCACAUCCAGGAGAUCCAGAAGGAGAAGGAGCACCUGGCCUCGACCUUGCCCACCCUCACCCACGCCACGUCGGACGACGACAUGCUGUCCACGGACGGGGACGGCAGUUUGGACGAUCUGUCCUGUUUAGGAGACAGAAACAAGCCAAAACCUGUCGUCCGAUCGAUAUCCACUGGGGAAUCGAGAUCCACCAGCGCACUGCCCAAACUGAAAAGACAAUCGUCGUCGGAUACCAGCGGCAAGAUGCUGGAGGAUUGCGAAGAUCCCAUUAUGGUGUAAGAUAUUAACUAACCCUAAUUAUUGUUAUUAUUUUUCUACGCGAUAAGAUUUAACGUAUUUGUAUAAAGAAACCAGGUGUAUAUAGUGCGAGUGUGCGGAUAUUACGAACGAAAUGAACUGAUAUAUUUAGUUUUAAUUAUAAAUUUAUAUUUUUUAAAUUAUUGUAAUAUAUGAUAACUUUUCUUUUUGUAUUGUACUAGGUCGUCGAUAACCAUGUUUUUUUCUUUUAUAUUUUCGAUUUUUUUCGGACAGCUCUGCUGGGAACGGAUUCCUCUUUGUUUCUCGUUAUUUUUUCGUCCUGAUUUGUACAUUUUUUACUUUACUUUUUUUAAGUUUAACGUUGUUUUAGAUGAUUGUAUUUGUUUACAAAAAUAAAAAUAAAUCCUUGGACUAAGCAGAGGAAAUAAUCAAAAGAAACCAGAGCAGAUUUUUUUUGUUAUUUUUACAUCGACUUAUGUGCCAUGACUAACAAAAAUUAGUUAGGUUUCUGGUGGUUUCAAAAUUAACAAUAAAUGUUUAUGCACAGGUAAAAUUAUGAGUCAACAAAUUAUUAGAACAAUAAAUACAUUUUCAAGCAAAAAUAUAGGUUGUUCGGUUUGUUACAAGGUAGUACUUUAUGGUGACAAUGAUAUUUGAAAGGUAAGGGGGGAGGGGAACAGACGAGGUGUCAAAAAACUGACUUUUACAGAGAUAUAUAAUUUAAUGUUGCCAAGUAUCAUGUUAAAAAUACAAAAAUAUUAUAGCAAUAUGCAUUAUUAUUUGGACAUUGUAGUAUUUAAUUACAAUUUGGCAUGUGUUUGAGACUUGACAGAUUAAAUUGAUUACUUAAGAAUUCCUGUAAAAUGGACAUCAUUGGUUUUUCCCCUUGCCCUUCAUUUAUAGUCUAGCCAACGAGAAAAUUGAUGAAGUGACAGUCGUGUCUGCCAUUUUAAUUCACAGGUAAAUGGAAUUUUCUAUCAUUUUUAGAAUGUCGUCUGUCGAAUUUAACAAAUGCAAUCCCGCACCAAAAUCUCAAUCCCGCGGAUCCGCAAAAUUGCGGGACUGUAAACAAUAGUCAUACAUUUGGUCCUAAAUGGUACAAAAGGCAUUGUACA